UGCCGGUAUAUUAAAAAUAAAUUUUCCAGUCCGUCUCAAUAUGGACGGGACGCGCGUACUACAAAAUCGACAAUAGAACAUUGAACAGUCAAAACAAGACAAAUAGACAAUGGAUGCCUGUAGAACGAAAUUAAUGUUACAUGUGAAUCAUUUGUACAAGAUUAAAUUCUAUCACUUCCAUGAUGCAGACUGUUGCAAUACAACAUUAGAUCGACUGCUAGAUGGUGAUCGUGAUAAAGAAGGAACAUCAACAUCCGAAGUACAGAAUAUCAUUAGAGGAUUGUUGUACCUUUCACAGCGAAAUCAAAUCCUCAAGACAGUAUGCAGUGAAAACUAUGUUGUAACAUUCAAAAGGAAGCCCUGGAAAAUUUCACAGAAAAUAAACUUCAAGAAGAAUGGGAAAGCUCUAAAAGUGUGCCCUUUCUUAUUUGAAGUAUCUUUUACUUGCAAGAAGAGCUACUUCAACAAACAGGAAUGUAACCCUGAAAGAAGUCCAUUGGAACAAAAAAACAACGCUGAAUCUACAAAUACAACAAGAAAAUGCAAGACAAGAUCUUCUUCAAGAAAUGAGAGUAGACAACCACAUGAUGAGCUAAAUGCAAGGAAAGAUGAUCCAGAAACACAAAAUGAAACAAAAUGUUCUUCAGCUAUAAGAAAGAGAAAAAGACCUCUCAAAAGCCUUCCAUCUCGUAGAAAAAAAUUGCUGGUGAAACGUAGACCUAAUUCAUGUGAGAAAGUUGUUCCUGUGAUGAGCUGUGAUCAAGAUGAAACCUCCUCAUCCUCGGAAAAUGAAGAAGAUGAGUCUGAAGAACAGUCUGAAGAGGAAUAUCAUCAACCGAAAAAGCGAAAGGCAGCAAAAAAAUGUCAGUCUGGUGGAGAUUGGGCAGAUAAAACUAAGAUAGUGGUCGAGUCCCCGGAUACUCGACUCAACACCUCAGGGGAUAUUCCUCUUAAUGUACUUACCAGAAUGUCUGCAAAUAAAAGAAGGAAGGAAAAUGAGAGUAUUCUUCUUGAUAAGACUUGCACCAAGAAAGUGGAUCUGACAAUGCAGGGUGGUAAAUCCUUCCAUGCAACAGUAGACAUAAUUGAGGAAGAAGAUGAUGUGCAGGUAGCAGAUAUUCUGGGCACCUCAUCUAAGAAGUCGAAAAAGAAACAUGCCACAGAUAAGGAUAAUAUUUCUGUCCUUGAGCAAUCAUCCAGGCGAAAAAGGGGUCUUAAUUUAUACAAGGUUGCUGAUACUCCUUUGAUGAACCUGCCUAGUUUGGAAAAUUCUCUUAAUGAACCGUCGUCUAAUUUGACACAGCAGUUAAACUUCAAACACACUUUUCUCAGCCCAGGUGGUGAAUCAAGUGUAGAAUCUAAAGAGGGAUGGAAAAAUGCACAUAACUCUUUAACUCCUUUAAGUAGAUUUAACAGGAGUGAACCCGAAAAAGCAGCAAAUGGGCGUAAUAAAAGGAGUGUAAACUUUCCUGUCAAAGACAGACAUCUGAUUGAGAGGGAAGAAAUCGCUGAAGACAUUAAACUCCAAGAGAUGUCAAAAGCAGACUCCAGUCUCAGGAGUUCAAAAACAGAAAGACUUAGUUUUGGAAAAAGUCUGUGGGAAACAUUGGACACUUAUUUUAUAUCCCCUGUCAAAAUGAUGUUUGAUGGAAAAUAGAGGGAACUUUGACAUCUUGCAUGAUUAUUUUUAGUGUUACUCAUGUAUAUUUCUAGCUCAGUUUGGGGGUUUUUCCAUUAAGUUUUCGUGGUAUUUUUAUCAAAUGACUUGUCUGCUUUUUAUAUGAAGUAAUUUAUUCAAGCUCAUAAUUAGAAUCUUUACAGACUUGGACUGUAAAAAGUGAAGUGAGCUCAUUAAAUGUAGUUUUGUUUCUUACAUACCUUUAAAACUUUCACUUUUCAUUAGGGCAUAACACAGUUAAGCUACACCAAAAUAUAUAAUGGUUGACAGUCAGUCAAAGUAUCUUAUCUGAAAUAUUUUUUUUUUCAUAAAAGAAAUAAUUUCUAUUUUUCAAUAAUUUUGUACAAAUUUUAAGAAAAAAUAAUUUAUUAUAGUAAUACAUUAAAUGAAAACAAUAAACAGUUUUUGUUCAGAAUAUAUAAUUAUACAUGUAUGUUACUAGCCCUAAGAAAUCUUUUUUCUGAAAUAUCUACUGUAGUGAGUGAUUGAUGAACAAUACCUGGUAAAUUUCUCAUACUUUAAGUUAUUUCUUUUCUCAAUAAACUUUGAACAUCCUG